AGAGAGAGAGAGAGAGAGAGAGAGAGAGACUGUGAACGAUGACGGAGGCGGUGAUCAGAAACAAGCCAGGAAUGGCGAGCGUGAAGGACAUGCCGAUUCUCCAAGACGGUCCGCCACCGGGUGGCUUCCCUCCGGCCCGAUACGCUCGCCGGAUCCCCAACAAGGGCCCGAGCGCCGUCGCCAUAUUCCUCGCUGCCUUCGGUACCUUCUCCUGGGGCAUGUACCAGGUCGGCAAGGGCAACAAGAUCCGAAGGGCAAUUAAGGAAGAAAAGUAUGCUGCCCGCAGAGCAAUACUUCCAGUGCUUCAAGCCGAAGAAGAUGAAAGAUUUGUCAAAGAGUGGAAAAAGUAUCUUGAAUAUGAAGCUGAGGUUAUGAAAGAUGUUCCUAACUGGAAAGUUGGUGAGAGUGUCUACAACUCUGGGAGAUGGAUGCCCCCAGCUACUGGCGAGCUGCGCCCUGAAGUUUGGUGAUUUUUUGUUACUUCAGGUUUGCCCUUUCAUGCAUGUUUUCUUUGGUGCAGUGUAAUAGCCCUUAUUGUGAAAUAAAGAUGCAGCAGGAAACCCUUUUUACAUGUUUGCAGACACUACAAAUGAAUAUUCAUUCAACUUAUUUUGCCCCUUUCAUAUCAUUGUCUUCUUCAUCGCCUAAGAUUUAGAACUAGGAAGACUCCAUUAUGGAGUUGAGAUGGAAUGGGUGUUUGUUUUUAGCAGGAAUUGUAUCAUGGGAUGUUCAUCUAUUCAUAUUAAAUGGCCAAAACGACUUCAUGGGAUAUGAA